CGCCGGAACACCGUCGUAUCAGCGUAAUGGGUAUGAUGAAAGAUGCUCUGCCACGGUUGGAUCAUUACCGUACAUCCAUACGAAAAAAUAGACGGCCAUCGCUGGGGGAACUACAGGGAGAAAAAACUGAUGCCGGGGCGAAACAAGUUGCCGAAGAGGAACCCGCAAAAGCGGGCGGACACGCCUUCCGGCUGGGAUGGAUUCAGGGUGUAACGACGCCAUGCUUGCUCAACAUUUGGGGAGUAAUGUUAUUUCUCCGGCUCAGCUGGAUUGUUGCAGAAGCCGGCUUCAUCCACGCAAUGCUGAUCAUAGGUCUGUCCUAUACGGUCUGCGUGAUUACCACUCUGUCCUUAUCGGCACUGUGCACCAAUGGCCAGGUCAAAUCAGGUGGUUUGUACUACAUCAUCUCCAGAUCGCUUGGCCCGGAAUUCGGAGCUUCUGUCGGUGUGGUGUUCGCAUUCGCCAAUUCCGUAAAUGCUUCAAUGAACACCAUUGGGUUUUGCGAGUCGUUGAACAAUCUAUUAGCAAGCUAUGGCCUAAAGAUUAUUGAUGGAGGUAUCAACGAUACCCGAAUAAUCGGAACAGUCGCGCUGAUUAUUAUGGUGGCCAUUUGUGCGGUGGGAAUGGAUUGGGAAGUAAAGGCUCAAAACUUCCUGCUCGUAGCCAUUUUAGUAGCAAUUGGAAGCUUCAUAAUCGGCUGCAUUAGAGGUCCUACGGAACCCGAAGAAGUGGCACAAGGUUUCUUGGGCAUUUCUGCAGCAGUAUUUUCGUCCAACCUUGGGCCAAGUUAUCGGUUCAGUGAAGGCGUCCAGCAAACCUUUUUCUCCGUGUUUGCAAUAUUUUUCCCGAGUGUAACCGGAAUCCAAAGUGGUGCCAAUAUUUGCGGAGAUCUGAAGGAUCCGGCAACAGCGAUUCCCAAAGGAACACUGGUCGCGUGCCUAAUUUCUGGAAUUUCCUACAUAGCAUUUUCGUUUUUUGCCGUUGCAGCAUCUGUACGAGAUGCUUCUGGUAACCUAACAGAUCUGGCCGGAGUUAAUUUUACGUCAUGCGAUCCGCUGCUGAACAAUUGCCGCUAUGGACUCAACAACGACUACGGCAUAAUGCAGCUAAUGGCGGUCUCAUCUGCACUUACUUACCUAGGUUGUUGGGCUGCAACUCUAAGUACCGCAUUGACCAAUUUGCUCGCUGUGCCUCGGCUAAUCCAAUCGCUUGGUAUUGAUCGCAUCUAUCCGGGACUCAUAUUUUUCUCGAAAGGAUACGGCAAACACGGUGAACCUUACCGAGGAUAUAUUUUGGUAUUUAUCGUCGCCUUCACCUUCCUGAUGAUUGCCAAUCUAAACACGAUAGCACCAUUGAUUUCGAUUUUCUUCCUGGCUUCGUAUGCUUUGGUCAAUUUUUGUACUUUCCACGCAUCCACCGUCAAACCACUCGGUUGGCGUCCAACAUUCCGUUACUUCCAUCCGCUGCUGAGUAUCAUGGGUUCGAUACUAUGUGUAACAAUCAUGUUUCUGAUCGACGUUGCCUCCACCUUUAUCGCAAUUAUGAUCAUUCUUGUACUAUACCUAACUGUAAUUUACCGCAAGCCAGAUGUGAAUUGGGGCUCUUCAAUGCAAGCUGCCGCCUAUAAAUCAGCUCUCAAUUCGGCAUUCAAUCUAGAACAAGUAGGAGAACAUGUCAAAAACUAUAAUCCACAGCUACUUGUUAUGACCGGAAAUCCUCUACAUCGCCCAGGGUUACUGAACUUUGCUCAUUUAAUAACGAAAAAUAACUCGUUGAUGAUUGUUGGAAAUGUAUCAGACGAAAAGCUAUCUUACAAGCAUCGGAAACUGAUGGUUAAUGAAGGAAAGAGAGCUAUUGAAGGUAUGAAAAUAAAAGCUUUCUAUCACAUACUGGACGGAUUAUCUUUCGACGAAGGAGUACGAGCUAUGAUUCAGUCUUCCGGAUUUGGAAAACUAUCGCCGAACAUUCUACUUAUUGGAUAUAAAACCAAUUGGCGCUCUUGUAGCCAGGAAGAGCUGAACCAAUAUUAUAAAGUCUUACACAACACAUUUGACAACCGUCUUUCUUUGGCAAUUCUUCGACUACCGGAUGGAUGUGAUCGUUCCCAUCUUAUUCCCAAGAAUUUGGUGCCGGAUUUCAAUCUGUCGACUUCAACGUUGAGUGUCGCUUCCUACACAGCAGUAGAAAGCUUCCCGGGUGGACGCAUGGCGAAACCAAGUUUAAUGCCGGCAAAUUCCAACUUAGAUCUUCCAGCCAACGCAAACAGCGAGAGUACACUGAGCGAAAGUAAAAUCGAUUCCAUACAUCUUACACCACUUCCAUUAACUUUUACCAAAACCAUUGCAGUUGUGCUAAAUCCGAAUACAAUUCCCCCCAAGGAGCUGAACAUGUUCAGAGACAAACAAUUGCCGGGAGAUAUCGACGUCUGGUGGUUGUACGACGACGGAGGAUUAACCAUCCUCUUGCCUCACAUCAUUGCAAGUCGACCAAAGUGGGCCGCAUGUAGAAUUCGGGUUUUCGCUCUGGCCAGCCAACAAACGGACUUCGAGGAAGAACGUAAAAAUAUGGCGACCUUGCUGGAUAAACUUCGCAUCAAGUACGUAUCCAUAACGAUGGUCUCUAUUGCGGAUAAACCACAUGACGCAACCAUCGCUGCACACCGUUCCCUGAUCGAUACUCUUGUAGAGGACCAGGAGAGCAGUAUUAUCGUAAGCCAUGAAGAACGAGCACAACUCAUGGGCAAAACUUACCGUCAGCUUCGACUCAGAGAACUCCUGCUGCAGAACUCGAAAAAUUCUUCAUUGGUCGUCAUGUCAACGCCAGUUCCACGAAAGGAUAUUGUGUCUGCUUCUCUAUACAUGUCCUGGCUGGAAAUGCUGACAAAGGACAUGCCACCAUUCCUGUUAGUACGCGGUAAUCAAACCUCGGUAUUGACAUUCUAUUCUUAA